AUGCACGGGCUCCUCAGUUUGGUUGUUCCUUUUCUCCCGGCCGUUGUUGAAGCGGCCACCACUCACUACCAAGGUGGAACGAUUGUUGCUUUCGAUCGAGCGACCGAGGGACUUCGAGUAAUCAGGGAUGGGUCCAUCACAGUGACCGGUGACACUAUCACUGAAAUCUCAGAGUCUGUUCCAUCAAACAUCUCUACAGACUCGCAAAUAGUCAACAUCACCGGCAAGAUUGUUACCCCUGGCUUUAUCGACACGCAUCGGCACGGCUGGCAGACAGCUUUCAGAACAAUCGGCUCCAACUCAAGCCUUGUCGAGUACUUUUCCCGGUAUGGCGAGUUCGCAGCAGCCGGAUCUUGGACACCAGACGAUGUGUACAUCUCGCAGUUGAUCGGCCUGUACGAAGCCCAGGCAGCAGGAGUAACGACUACCCUCGACCACGCACAUCAUACAUGGUCGGACGAGACGGCAGAGGCUGGCUUGCAAGCAAGUAUCGACUCGGGGGCACGAGUUUUCUGGUGCUACACGUUCCACAACGUGACGAAUUACACCACGACCGAGCAACUCGUCAACUUCAAAGACAUCGCCACCAGGGCUGACUUUGCCAACACUUCCACCACUGUGGGCAUUGCGUACGAUUCCUUCGGACCUGACGGCAACGUGGAGGAAAUCAAGUCGAUCAUGUCCCUAGCCGACGAGUUCGACAUUCCCCUGGUCACCUCGCACUCCCUCCAAGGUCCAUGGCAAAUAACCAACUCCCCCGAGGACCUGCACAGCCUCGGGUACUUGAACGGCUCCCGGGCCGUCGUCCUCUCACACGCCUCAUUCCUCACGGCCACAGGGGCCGCUCUCCUCCGCUCCACCAACCAGUACAUUUCCAUCACGCCCGAGUCGGAGAUGCACUACGGCCACACGCACCCCAAGAACUACUUCAUCCAGGACCAGGCCGCCCUCGGCGUCGACACCCACUUCACCUUCUCCACCGACAUCCUGACGCAGGCGCGCAUGUGGCUGCAGCAGGCGCGCUACCACGUCUACGCCGACGUCAUCGAGCGCUGGAUGCUGCCCGCCACCAACCCGCAGAGCGUCAACCAGGCCUUCCUCCUCGCGACGCGCAACGGCGGCCUCGCGCUGCGGCGGGAGGACCUCGGCGUGAUCGAGGAGGGCGCGAAAGCCGACCUCGUCUUCUGGGACGGCGACUCGCCCGCGCUGCUGGGCUGGGCGGACCCCGUCGCCGCCGUGAUCCUGCACGCCAGCGUGGGCGAUAUCGAUACUGUCCUGGCCGGCGGGAAGGUCGUCAAGCAGGGCGGUAAGCUGGUCGUGGAUGGUUAUGACGGCCUGAAGGCACGGUUCCUGCGGACCGCGAGGAGGAUCCAGCAGAAGUGGAAGGACACGCCGUUGCCGUCGAUGGAGGUGGAGGCGUCGGCUAUGUCGGGCGACUUCCCUCUUGUCCAGGCUCAGAGGGCUGACGUCCUGCGUGGAAAUGGGGAUGGGUACGGGGCAGUCUUUUUGUAG